CCUUCAUGUACCGCCUGGAUGGCAGCACCAGCCACCUCAAUCUCAAGGUGGAAGACCUCAGUGUGGAAUGGGACGCCAUGGGGGGGAAGGUGCAGGACAUGAAAGCACGGGAAAAGGACGGGAAGGGCCGAACUGCCUCCCCCGUUAACUCUCCGGCCAGGUGUGUCCAGUCUCCGAAAAGGAUGCCGACGGGCCGCGGAGGGCGAGACCGAUUCACUGCCGAAUCCUAUACAGUGUUAGGAGACACCUUGAUUGACAGUGGUGACCACUACUGGGAGGUACGCUACGACCGGGACAGCAAGGCCUUUGCGGUGGGCGUGGCUUAUCGGAGUCUGGGCAAGUUUGACCAGCUGGGCAAAACCUCUUCUUCCUGGUGCCUUCAUCUCAACAACUGGCUGCAGGUCAGCUUCACAGCCAAGCACAACAACAAGGCCAAAAUCUUGGACAUCCCAGUUCCGGAUAUCCUAGGCGUGUAUUGCAAUUUUCACGAAGGAUUCCUCUCGUUCUACAACGCAAAAACUAAGCAGUUGCUACACACAUUUCGAGCCAAAUUUACCCAACCGGUUCUCCCGGCCUUUAUGGUGUGGUGCGGCAGUUUUCACGUCUACUCCGGCUUGCAAGUUCCCGGCGCCGUCAAAUGCCUUCAGAAGCGCAACAGUGCGACGAGCAGUUCUACCACCAGCCUCACUUAG